CGCAGGCGACGGACUUGAACACUCGGCGCUUCCCACCGUCGUCCAGCCGCCUGUUAGCGAUGGUGGCACAGUGGUCUUCGCACGUUCGGACAAUGGAUGUCUGGGGCGACGAGGACUUUCUCGAGCCCGGGUUCUUUGACGUCCUGGCCACGCUGGACCGUCUCCGUGCGUGCAGGCAUGUUCUCCCCGGCGGACACCUCCCUUUAUUGCCGACUGCCGGUCUCUGAUACUGAUUGAUCGUGACACAGCAUCAGCUAUCCGCCCAGCCUGGGCAGCUUCCAGACGCUUCUGCUGCGGCUGGCCGGCCUUCCGUCGCUGCGCAGCCUGAGCGUGGACUUCAUGUCUCCCCGAAUCUGGACGGUUCCGAUGACUUUUCAUCACCUGCGUCAGCUGCAUAUCUCCUGCAUCGAACACGAACCCGGGCUGUGCGUGCUUCCGGCGCUUCCCGUUCUGGAAACGCUGGCGUUGAACUUUUGUUGCUACUGCUUGGAAUGCCCUCGGCACGGGCAGGGCCCCUGUGCCCUGCUGCAGUUCCAGCGACUGCCGCAGCUCCGCUCUCUGUCGAUCGCGGGCGCGCAGCGGAAGAGCCUCAGCUGGUGCGGACGAGCCGUCCGGCUCCGGAAACUCGAGAUUGAGUUUUCCAGCGGCCUGGACCUACAUCAGAUCCUGGCCUCCCUGGGGUGGGAUCUGGAGGAGCUCCACCUGUUGGACUGCGAGUUCGUGGCGGAGGUGCCGCGGCCCGUCGUCGCGUUUCCUGCUCUGCGGCGGGUGCAGUUGCUGGAAUCCAUCUCGGGCCUGGCUGCGUUCGGCUCCGCCGAGGUCCCAUCGUCCGCCGAAUUCACUCUACGGAUUAGCCAUGAUGACCUAGACGGCCUGGCGGACUGGCCACUCGUCCGGAGGCUUCUAGAGCGGUGCUCGGUGCUGCUCAGCCUCCCUCGCUCGGGGAUUCAUCGAUGGCCGCCGGCCUCCACUUCGCGCCUGUCCCAGGCCAUGUCCCUGCCCCAGGUCCGCGUUGAAGGCCCGCCGUGGUCGGCUGACAUCGCCAAGGGAAGACAGGACAUUCCGUCCGGCAGGCGAGAAAUACAACACCAUAGAUAAACAUCGGCUCGGAUUACAGUACACACAGCAGUAAGCUGCUCUAAACGUAUUUUAAUCUACUGUAGACUUGUAAAAGGGUCUGACCACCCCAGCCAGUUCCGCAGGAUGAUCUUGCGUACAUUGACUCUGUAGGGCUG